AUGGUUGGAUCACUACUGGGCUACCUUGGCUUCGGUGGCAACCGUGCCGCUGUCGCGCCCCAAACAAAGGCUGUACCGACGAAGGUACAGUCAGUGCGCGCUCUGCCAGCGAAUUGGUACACAUCUGAGGAGAUGUACCAGCUUGAGCGACGUGCUAUCUUCUCACGUCGAUGGCUUCUUAUGACUCACAACUCGAGGCUUCGCAAGUCUGGAGAUUGGCUACACUAUGACAUCGCCAACUACGAUGUUGUCAUCCACAAGGACUCCGCUGGCGAGAUCCAAGCCAUUCAUGGUGUCGAUGCUCUUGACAUCGCCAAAUCCGACUCUUCAAAAUACAUCCACGUGCGCAUCGACAGGAACGGAUUCAUCUGGCUCAACCUAGACCCCAACGAAAAGCCAGAGGUAUCAUGGGAGGACCGAUUUGACCACAUCGACGAGCAGACCCGAUUUGAUCAGUUCGACUUUGACGACUACGAAUUUGACCACACCUGGAAUAUCGUCGGCCCCUUCAAUUGGAAGAUCCUCGCAGAUAACUUCAACGAGUGCUACCACUGCGCAACAACACACCCCGAUCUCACAACAGGCCUGAUCGACCUCGAGUCGUACGACGUCUACUGCGAUCCGAAGGGCGACCACAUCCAGCACAAGCCCAAUACACCCGAAGACUUCAAGGCUCUCGGACAGGAGAUCUGCUCCACAUACUGCUUCCCCAAUGUCUCCUUUACUGUCACAAAACACUUCCUCUUCAUCCAGAAAUUCAUGCCCAAAUCCCCCAAGGAAAGCAUGAUGUACUACGAGGUGUGGCGUAACAAGCACUCUUCUGAGGAGGACUUCCUGCUCAUCAGCGACACCUACAAGCGCGUUAUGUGCGAGGACAAGGUCCUGUGCGAGCGAUCACAGAAGAAUAUCGAGGCGGGAAUUUUCGUCAACGGUGAGCUUCACCCACAGAAGGAGAAGGGCCCUAUCUUCUUCCAGAAGAGGUGUCGCGAAGUGGUGGUCGAGCACGCCACUCGCGAGAGACGCGAGGGAAGGAAAAUCGGACUUCAAUUUUAG